AUGUCUGUGACUUCCACCACUCCUCUCUUCAAAACCCUAACCAUAGCCUCACUCUUCCUCACCAAAACCAAAACCACCUCCUUAUCACUCCCCUCCCAACCCUUCAAACUCCAUCUCUCCCUCAAUUCUUCACCCUCUCUCACUCUCUCACUAAAAACCAAUCGCGCUUCACCUCUCUUCGCCGCGCAAGAAGGUGGCACACUAACCACAGACGAACAAGGUGUCGAUGAAACCGAAGGACUUCUCGAUUGGGAGGAAACCGACGCUGCUGAAAACGAGGCUGUUGAAGAAAACUCUGCGGAGGGAGAUUUUGCUGAACCAUCCGAAGAUGCCAAAUUGUUCGUUGGUAAUUUGCCUUAUGAUGUUGAUGGUGAGAAACUCGCCAUGCUCUUUGAACAAGCUGGAACUGUAGAGAUUGCAGAGGUUGUUUAUAACAGGGAAACUGACCAGAGUCGUGGCUUUGGAUUUGUAACCAUGAGUACGGUUGAAGAAGCUGAAGCUGGCGCGGAGAAAUUCAACCGCUAUGAUUAUAAUGGAAGAUCCUUGACUGUGAAUAAGGCUGCUCCAAGAGGUUCAAGGCCAGAGCGGGAAGAGCGCCCACCUCGUCCCUAUGUUCCUGUCAUAAGAGUUUAUGUUGGUAACUUAUCGUGGCAAGUUGAUGGUAGUAGACUUGAGCAAGUUUUCAGUGAAUAUGGUAAGGUUGUGAAUGCUCGAGUAAUCUAUGAUAGAGAGACGGGUCAGUCACGUGGCUUUGGCUUUGUCACGAUGUCUGAUGAGAAAGAAAUGAAUGAUGCUAUCGCUGCCCUUAAUGGUCAGAGUUUGGAAGGGAGGACAUUAAAAGUGAGUGUUGCUGAGGACAACAGGCCCAGUCGUGGCCCCUUUUGA